CACUUUGGGGACCGGUGACCAAACUCAGCCUUGUGCGCAGCCAAUGCAGCUCUAAACUAAUGAUUGCUUACCUAGGUUUCUCACUGAAGGUUCGAUGCCGUGGAUCUCAGGCAAUUGUUGCUGCGCUCAAGGCCUGGGCAUUAUCCCGGCCUGCCCUUCGUCCGCACCUUGAUGAACCUUGUUGUAUCUUUUCGAGUCAAAUCGUUCCUGUCUUUCAGCAACCUGGUUGAGCAUUCUCGUUCGAUAACGUUCAGUAUGGAUUGGUACUGAACCAUUGGCGAGCGGCAUUGCAUUUCUAAUCAGCCCUUUAUUAUAUUUCGCCUGUACAUAUACCACAACGAUACACAAGACGAAUUCCAAAGGUGGCUUUGUAAUGGACGCCCUUUUCCACACUUCGACCGUCGAACCAACGGUGGACAAGCGACUCCGCAUAUCAUGGAUGAAAAAGUCGAUCCCUCUGAAGAACUCUUCGCUAUUCAACAAAGCCAAGCACAGCGAAGAAUGGCAUCUGAGCGUGGACGCUACCGCGGGCGUCCUCCAUCCCUCCGACUCAAAAUUCCCCUACGGUUUCUUGCGAAAUCACACGGACGCCUACCUCCGGAAGAAGGGCAAGAUCAACCAAGCAGAUGUGGAUAUUCGAUUAGCAAUAUUGAUUGAUGCCCACCAAGCGAGAGAAGUUGGGGUGGCUGCAAUUGCUCAUGCAAUGACGGCGAAGAGCCUGAGAGCACUGCUUCUCGCUGAACUAAACAUCGCUCAAGGAAGCUACUGGGGCUUAGAAACUUGGUUGCAAUGCUUGAUUGCUGCAAACUAUGGCAACCCAGCAUCUGUGACAGAUUUGGAAUCGUCAUGGGCACACUUGCUCUUACCUUACGCGACUCACGGCGCUCAUGCUGCGGGUUGGUAUCUAAAAGGUGUGAGUAGAGCUCUGAGGAAAUCUUGCCCUGCGAACUUAAACGUCCUUCCUGAGUUCUUGAUCCUUCUACGAAGAGCAAUAGCAGACUACUCGGCACAGCUAGAAGGCUUCAGGCUGAGGGGUCAGUGGGUCGCAGCUCACGAAGCAGUAUUCUGGAUGAUGGAACUUGAGAGCUCUUCACCGGCUGAAACACCACCAGGGUACUUGCUCCUGGAACGUAUAUUCGAUUCGCAAUUCCCUACUUGGAGGUUAUGGGCGGCAUGGAAACCGGAGAUAAAUCGCAUCACCCGUCUUGCCAGCAGCGAUACUGCUAGACUAGCUACCAUCCCAGACCUUGUGGCUCUCGAGGGCCCAGACGUCCUAACAGAGACGCAAAAGACCUUGAAGGAAGGGUUAAUUGCACAAUAUGGGUCAGAAAGACCUUGGGUACGGUUCGGAGGUUUAGUGAUUGAAGUCCCCGAUCACACAAGAGGUGGGUUAAGAAACAAGUUAGAAAGAAUUGCAAAAGGCUUGGAUACUAUCUCGACAGGAAAGAGUUGCGAUCCUGGGAGCGAGAGUAUGUUUAGACUCUUCAGAGACCUCACCGUCAACCAGCCUAUCACAGAAACGUGUUUGGACAUAUUCGAGGCCGCUGUCAAAAUCGGUUAUAAACCUGAAAAUGACAUUUAUAAUACUGUAGGGUAUAUCCACACCGAGCGCGAUAGCCUCGGUGGACAGCACAUCCUGGCACUUCAAAAUCUCGUUCGUGUCCUCGGCGAGCCUCAAGCGGAUGAAUUACACAGACUUCUCUUCCACCCCUGGCUUCUCCAAGGAAUUGAGAGCUGCCUACGAGAUUGCCAGGCAGCGAUACGGUCACAUAUAGACACGUCUCUACCCUGGAUACAUCUUGCUUCCGAGCUCCAUGCUUUUUGUACAACACUGAAAGAUUCGAGGCUCGAUCUGUCACCAGCAGUCUACAUUACGACACAGUUGGAAGCACUACCACCAGUAGUGCAGAUGGAGAUGAUCUUAGAUAUAUUAGCUGCAACACAGACUCUGAAACCAUCUCAGCAGGAUACACAUGCAAGGACAGGCGAGACGAUCAAGCACGUUCCAGUGCCUUCCUACCUACUUGGACAACCAGAGAAGACACGGCACCCAUUAGAAGACGUUAUCGAGGAGUUUUGUAUACUACGACUACUUGAGCCGGGCAAAGUCAGUCAAACCACCCAGCGCACCAUCAGCGCAAUUUUAAACGUUUGGGAAAGCACUGCUAGACCACACAUCGACUACGAUCGUCGCUCUUUAGCGAUACUCGUUUCGAGAAGCACCGGUGAUGAUCACCAACUACGUUGCAGGUGUCUCAUGGAGAUUGCCCAGGGAAAUACACUACUAGAACCACCUACUUUCGUCAAGGAUCUCCUUACUAUCAUGCUCCAGGCGGAUAUCCACCCAGAGCGAGCCUUCAUAGAAUUUACGCAUUUAUUGGCCGACAGGAAAUCCUGGACACUGUGCUGGAGGGACCUGCUCUACAUGUGGCUGGAGCAGAUAAGUGAGCCGGGAUGCUUUCAGAGCACUACCAUUCUCGACUAUACACUACAAACAAUGAAAGCUGCAGAGUGGCUGUCUUUCAUGCAUUCGCUCGAGACUCUCUUCGCUGAUCUCAAUUUCUCGACUUCGGAAGAGCGCAAGAUUCCGUCUAUACUCCAGCCGCAACUUUUGGCCUGGAAAACGCAAGUGGCAACAUACACUGGUACGCUUACAAGACUGGAAGACACUCUCGGGGAUCUCGAAGCUGUGCGAUGUAUUUUGGUUUGUCGCGAAGGCUUUUGGACCAAAAACCUGCUAAGUAUUCUUCGUUUUCUAGAAAGAGCCGAAGGGCAGCCGGCUGAGACAUUGAUGCAAAAGGUUGUUGGAAAAUUGUCUGCCAGAACGAAGAAUGCGUGGGAGGUUAAGGCUUGUUUGUUCGAUUUGCUGAACGCUCCACCGGACGCUAUUCAAACAUGUGAGAAGAUAUGGGACGCGAAACAUGGCUUCUUAGAUAUUCCUUGUCUUCCAACACGAACCCAAGCAACAGAGCGUGCGGUUCCAUCGAGGCGAAGUCUCAUUGGAAAAGCAAUAUCGAUACGAACAACGACCUCUUCUCAGCCCCUGCAAUUAGGACCAGCAUCCAAUCCGGUGCCAAAAUUUGAGGUUCCACUUUCAGUUGCUGAGGUCAUGGUUGCGGGCUGGGUUCAGGAUGAUGGUGUGGACGCCAGGAAGAAGGUUGUGAUCGAAAACGUUGCUUUGCUCCUAGAGCUAGAGGUGUACAAAAAUACCAUACCGAUGGAAAAGUUACUGGAGGCCACACUGUUUUGGGAGAAUAUAGAGAAGGAAAUCACCAGAGAAGCCGAGCGCUUAGAAGCGCUACAGAAGGCGCUCAAAGCCAAAGACCCCAAGGGCACAUCUCUCCUCUUGGAAGAACUCGGCAUUCAAGACAACAGUCUUCUAGACGAAGAAAUUAUGCGUCUACCGGCGGGUGUUAUUGAUGUAGUCGAGAAAGUUGGCAAUAACGAGAUCGAGAUCAGCUUUCCCCUAAACGCAUUCACGGAGCUACAACGCGGUGCAAUGGGUAUACCAACAACAGCGAAGACCCUUAUAUUACGACUCUCCAUCGACCAUUUGGGAGACAUGCCAUCGUCUUUCUGUGUACACUUCAACAGCGAUGUCAACCUUGACAGUCUCGAACAUUCACCAUGGAAUUGCUCGCCAAGUUCGAGAUCACCGCAAGAAAAAAUCUGUAAAUCUGUGCAAACGGCAUUCACUUGGCAGCUCAAUCGCAUCUUGUAUACUCAGCUCAGGAUUGGUAACAUCGGUAUUGCAGACUUACACAAACUUGUAAAGAAGAGGAUGGAAGAAUUGGGUCAAUCUUGCAUUGCCUGCGGAACAUCGCACAACGCAAAGAAUGCACAGCUAAGACGCUCGACACCAUGUGAUGUCAUAUCGUGUGCACGGCUAUGGUACCAACUUCCGCUAGAUGUGCGCAUCCCAGAGAUUCGGACGGAUGUAUUUGCGGUUGACAUGAUGCUAACCUCGGUGUACGCGGCCGCAAUGUCAAACAAGCCAGAACUUCUACCAAGCUGUCCUAUAUACGGCAACGAGGUCGUCAAGGCGAUCCUGAACUCUCUCCCCAACCUCACCGUGCUCAGUCACGCAGUGAACUUGUCCACCGUAUUGAGGUCGUAUCACAAAGAUGCCGAGAGGCUAAUCUCAUGGGCUUGUGUCCAUUUCCGCGGUUAUCUCGCAACCGCGACGGGUCUAUGCAAGAUACCUAACCUACCAGCCGGCACACACCAAUUCGUCCUCGUGAACGCUAAUCCGAGGCUGGAAAGCGAUUUCGUCUCCAGAUUACCCAAGUACAAUCCCAAAACAACGGUUCUUUUCCAUGGCACGUCACUCGACCGCCUUCCCGCCAUUCUUGCUCAAGGUCUAAAAAUCUGCUCGGGGACUUCCCUCCAGCGUACUGGUGCAGCGCAUGGAAAGGGCAUUUAUAUGGCCGAAGAUCCUACGACCUCGUUCACGUACUCACCGGCAUCUCUGAGUUGGCGCAACAGCGGACUGCCAAACAUGCGUCUGAUGCUGGGGUGUGAGGUCAUAGGGAACGGGAGAAGUGUUAGUUCUGGGAUACACGUGAUUACGGAUGAGAAGAGUGUGAUGGUGCGGUAUGUGUUUUUGUUUACGAAUUACGCGAGUUCACCGGUUGCAAAUCACAUUAUUCCUGCGAUGGCAAGUGGAAUGAGUGCACUAAGGACCGGAGCUGUAUAGAUUAUCGAUCCGCUCAAUAUAAUACGCAACUUAGCGACCUUUCCAUUCAAAAUCCAUAGCAUCACA